GCAAGGAUGCCACAAUAAGGGCUGCCUGCGGGCGUUCUGGUGCAGGUGACCCCGCGUCUCUUGUCUUGCGACCUUCGAUUGCCAUUGACGCGGACAGUCCGCCCACUCUCUGUAGCAAGCUUUAGUCUAGUACCUACCCUGCUGAGCCCAUGGCUUCCUCGUCACUCUAUCCAACGGCGCAGGGAGAUCUAGCCUCAUUGCUCAACGAAGGGGAGCGGGCAAAAGAAUAUUCCGUCUACCUAGCCCACAGAUACGUCAACAGUCCACAGACGGACCUGAACCAGAUCAUCCCCAGAUCCGUGAAGGAGCCUCAAUCGGAGCCUGCUGCCAUCUCCAACGAAGCCGGGUCGCAAGAUGCGGUCGGCGACACGACAGCAUUACAGUCGCAGUUGGACGGAGGAAAUGGAAUGGUUCUAGCCCCCCAUGCAUCCGAGCGGCAAGAUGUACAGGAAGAGGAGGAGAGGUUCAAAGCCUUCUUGAAGGACUACGAGCGAGGCGCCAAGGAAAAGUACAAGACCGGCAUCGAUCCUCACGGCAAGCAUACCAUCCAAGAGCUUUUGGACGUUGUCGAAAGCGCCGUCGACAAGUACCAGAACGCAGACACAAAGGGUCUGUGGGGAAAGGUGCGGCUCGCGUUCAGAAAGCUUGGAGGCAGCGGCGAUGUGAUUACUGGCUGGCUAGGACUACUACCAUCCGAGACCGAGUAUCUUUCCGUCAUCUGUGGCGGCCUAAAGUUGAUCAUCAAAGCAGCGAGUCAAAUGAAGAGUGUCGCCGAUAAGAUUCUUGAGGCACUCUGCGAUCUCCCUGCUCUCCUAAGCAGCACGAAACGAGUACUACAGUGUUUCCCAGAACUGCGAGCACACAGCGACGCCCUCUACAAGUCGACCCUUGCCGCCCUAGGGCAUAUGCUUGCGUACCUCGGUCGCAAAUCCGGUCUCAAAAGGGUUUUCAAGGCUUUCUUUCAACAAACCAGCUUCGAGGAGGGCCUAGUGAUGAAGAUCGGCGACAUAAGAAAACAGCGGGACGCCUUCAACAACGAGGCCGACACCUGCCAGAAGGAGAUGGCGAAGCGGGUGGAAGAAGCGACAGUCGCCGCCAUGAAGAGCGGCGACCAGAUCUCACAAGGGGUACAGGCGAUGAAGGGGACGAUGGAAGUUUGCCUGCGCGAGCAACAGCGGGUCACGCAGCAAAAUGAUGCUAUCAUACUGGCCGGCAGGGAGAUGCUUCGGCGACAGGACAGUAUGGGGCGGCGCCAGGAUGAUAUGCAACGGUGCCAAGACGAAAUGCAGCGCGAGCUUGGAAUCAGCAGGGCUCUCCAGCAAGAGAUCUUAGCUCUCCUCCGAGCUAACCCGCAGGCGAUCAAGAUGGGGGUAGAAGCACAAAAACCACUAGAAAGUUGCCAACAGUCGCUCGAGGCGAACCCGGAAAAGCAGAAAGCAGGCCCUUCAUCUGAAUUGGCCGACGCACAUCGUCUCAUCAAGGAGGCAAAAAAGAGGCGGAACUGGCUGCUGAGAAGGCUCGAAUACGACGAGGAUGCCCCCAGAAAGGACCUCGCGACGAACCUAGGACUGGUCGCCCGCAUACCGACGGACGAGCAGGACCGCUGCUUGUACAUCAUCAACGCCGAGAAGCUGGCCAAGUGGAUCAGAUCCGACGUGUCGACGGCACUCGUCGUCCACGGCAGAUCAAACCACACAGAGCACCGGCGGGCCGGCGCCUCCUUCGUCAGCGCGCGGCUGAUCUGGUCCAUCGGACAGCUGCGGGCGCCCAACCUGAUGCCGCUCCACUUCUUCUGCGCGCAGCACGAGCGUGAUGGGCGGCCCGCGGAUAUCGUCAACAGCCUGCUGGCCCAGCUGCUCGAGCGCUGCGGCGAGGCCGUCGACGUCGCCGAGGCGAAGGACCUAGGCAAGUUCCGCAGCGACAAGCUCGGGGCCGUGUGGAAGCGGUUCGAGACUGUGCUGGACCUGCUACCGCCAGAGGCGACCGUCUUUUGCGUGAUCGAUUCGAUAUCAGCCUUCGUGAUGAAAUCAAGUACGGCCGAGGACGCUGAGGACCUAAUCGAGAAGCUGCUCGAUCUCGCUCAGGAAAGGCCCAAAAACAAGUGCGUCUUCAAGGUGCUGUUGACUGCUCACAAGCGGCUGGACUCGCCGAGCUUGAAGGACGCAGACGUCGAGCAGAUCUCGGUGCCAGUAUCCCUUCCCCGGACGGGAGGCCUCACCAUGCAAAAGCUGAAGUUUGGGCUGGAAAAGAAGGUCGAGGAGCUGGAGAGUAGCCCUGAGGAUGAAUGAUUCUGCUGAUUCAGCACGUGCCAUCCAGUGUAAUUUUAUCAUUUUGGCGUUGGAAUUUAGCAUAGAUUCGCUGAACGAUGUCGCUGUCCCACCAUUCAAAAUAUCUGAUCGCCGCGAA